GUAGUUUCCCUAUUAGAAGCAAAGUCUCCUAAAAUCCCUGUUUAAAAUGCAAAAGUGUUUUGAGAGUUAACACUUCAAGCAUUAGUACACAAUGAUGUCCAGUAGUUAAGCUUGAGUAAAAUGCUCAUUAAUGUAGUGAUAAUUAGGAUAACUCUGAAAUACAAAUGAAUAAACAUAAAGUAAUCAUAAUUACUAGGCACAGACAUCAUUCCCACAGCUACAGACCUCAAGGUACAAACAGAUGGACUAGAAUGGAUCAGUUGCAUGUACUUGAUUCUUAAACUGCUUGUCAGAUAUUUGCCUAAUUUCAUUUUGAUCGAUAAGCUUAGUUUUUCGAAGAUCAUCAAUACAGCUUAUUCAUUUUGAGCACACGCUUUGCAGUCAGAAGGCUGAGACCAGGUCCCUGACAAUAUAGGUUACUCCGACCUUGGUCAAAUGACUCACCCUCGGUAAGCUUCAAUUUCUUAGACUGUGAAAUGGAGAUACUAAUAAUAUCCUAAGCUGUAAAACAGUUAUGAUGAUUCAAUGAGAUAAGAUUAUGUUUCAAAUGAUUAGAACAAUGCCUGGCACAUAUUAAUGAUCAUCAUCAUCAUUAAGUGGUCGAAAUGGAAAAAAAGUAUAGUUUGAAUUUGUGAUCGUAAGUUUUUAGCUCUGUUCGCUGGCUCUCUGUCCAGAACUUUCUCUUUAUUCUCAUUUCAUACAGCGACGCCAGUGACAAAGAAGGCAAGAAACCCUCAGGAGCAACAUUCCUUUCUGGACCCGGUUCUUUCUUCCUUUGCCCUUGAGGAGCCGCUGUAUUUCCCCGAGAGCGCGCUGGAUGCCUGGUUGCCACGAGACGGUCGCCAGGCAACCGCGUGUACACACACCCCAGGUCCUGCCCGGGUUUCGCCAAUAUGGCGGCGGAAGGCACUUCUUCUCUCUCUCUAUCCAGCAAGUCUCCCACAUCGGUGUCACCGCCGGGACAGCCACCGACCCCGCCCCCGACCUCAAGUGCGGUCUCGCAGUCGUCCCUGGAGUCGAAGGCGAGCUCUCCGAGCCCACUGCCUCGCUCCACCUGCCCCGAGGACUCGUUGCCCCUCGCCGUGUUUUAUGGGCCGCUGGACGCGAAAAACCCGCUCCUGGCCUCCUGCGAAAAGGAGAUCCGGGACUUGCUAGGCUUUAUGAAGAGAAAGAAGGCUUUAGCGACAACGGAGGAACAGAAGCAUGAAUUCCAGCGGCGUUGUGCCACCUCUUUGUUUAACAUGUGGACCAAAUACGCCCCCCGGCUGCCAGCUGCCUAUUACAACGAAAAGCUUCUGAAGGUUGGAGAUAGGCUUUGUGAAAUGAAAGAAUAUAAAUUGGCCCUUUUACAGUGCUAUGGAAGAUAUCUUCAGCAGUUCAGCAUCGACUUGGAUGAGAAUAAAGCAGAUGUGACUCAAUUCAAAACUGUCUUUUUUCCAAAAGGCUUUGGAGACAAAACAGCUGCACAUACAUUUCAUGCUUUAAAUGGCAAAAAUAUUUGCAACUACCAGCUUGUCUGUGACAGUGAUGUGAACCUGCAGAAUAAAGAAUCUGUGAUCAAGUGUCUGCAUAUCUUGUCCUCCUUUAGACUCAUCAUGCAGGUGGCUCUGCCACAGGAGCACCUUUGCUGGAUUAUCUUCAAUGGUACCAUUUACAUUUACACCAUUUGCAGAAAACUGAUGAUCAUAGGUCAGUCUUCCAAGGCCUUAGAAUAUCUCCUGUGGGCCAGUAUUUGUAUGGAAUCCUCGGUCCCCCUCCUGUCCGUCAGGUACCUGACGUGGAGAGCAACUCUUUACACUGCUGUCUGCCAGUGCUACUAUGACUGCCAAGCUGGUAUUCAUGGAGAGGCAUUUGCUCGGCGCGCUUUAGCUAAAAUUGAUGAGUUAAGGCAUCUGGAAUUAAUGAGUUCCUCACAAUCACAGGAAGAAUCUAGAAGAUAUUAUAGAGAGCCCACGAUAAAGAUGGCAGUAAUGAUCUUCAAAAGAGGAGUAUUUGAAUCUAGAAGAAAAAACAAAAGUAUAUUUAGACCAAAGAUAAGAGCUAACCUAAGGGAAGCACAAAAUUUGCCGUGGCCACGUACCAUCACGGAACGGUUGUUGGAAGAGAUGUUUGAUUGCACUGCAUCCCGGUUUCUGGCUGUCUUGGAAGCUCUUUCUGAUUCAAAUAGACGAACACUACAAACUGGACCUGUUGUUACAGAUGAAGUAGAAAUUCGUGAUGUUGUCUCAGAACUGUUUAUAGCAGGAAAAGAACUUUUAAUAAUGUCAAAUACCAGUGCAGAUGGAAUGCUUGAUUUUCCAAAAACAUCUCUUCUGGAACUUAUUAUAGAAAGAAAAAAUGUAAUUUCUGUGGAUGCUGCUGUGAAAUUUACAAAAUUAGCUUUUACCUAUGAGGAAUGGAGUUUAUUUGAAUCUUCAGCUUGGCAGCUUACUGAUUUUCUCCAGAGGCAGGACGAUCCCGUGUCAAAGAAAGCAGAGAAGGAUUUAACUCUUCUUAUUGCAAUAGAACCUCUCAUCAACGUAAAGAGACACAAAAGUGUGAUCUUUCCUUUGGAAAACUACAGAGAAGGACAGUUAGCUCCAAUUUAUAUAAAAAAAUGUGCUUUUCAUGAUACUUGUGAGAUGACUGGCAGAUACUCAGAAGACAUUUUCCAUCUGGCAGCAACCUUGUAUUCCUGUGUCUGUGCCUCUCCCCAGAAUGUUCAACCUGAUAUAGAAAUUGUUGUGGACACGAUAAUGUUCCUAUGGCAGAAAUGCAAAUUAGGAAUUCAGCGGAUCAAUGUGUCCAGAAAUGACUACGCAAAAUUCAUCCAGAAAAUCAGUACUAAUAAAUGGGUUUAUCUUCUGUGGCAGAUAAAUGAAAUAAUUCACUGCUGUAAAAUGGAAGACAUUGACGUUGUGAUGGUGGCAGAGGUCACAUUACGAUUAAGUGAAAUAUUGGAGUCCUUAGGAAACCCAAGAGGAAAAUUUAAAAAAUCUCUAGAGGCAUCUUUAAGGAAAGAGAUUGAUGACUUCCCUGAGACUCCAAAAGGGAGCCCGAAAAGUCUUCCAAUAUUGAAGAGAAAACCUGAGGAACAGUUAUUUUUGGCUUAUGAACUUAUUGACAAAGCAAUUGAUGGAAUAAAUUUGAAUUUCAUGUUAACUACUUUGCCAAAUGGAUCAUUAGUGAUUGACCACUGCUAUGCUAAGUACACCCAUGAUAUAGAUGGAGACAUUUGCAAACCAGUCACACCAAAUAGUUUCAUAAUGGAUUUGCAUCUCGAACUAAUUCAAGCCCAGCACCGAAUAGCUGUUGUGCUUCUUGAUCAGUUGCAAGUUUUGCAGACUCCAACUGAGAGCAAAAAUAUAUCUACCAAAGGUCCAGAAAAGCUAAAACAAUCUGGAGGCACUGAUUGUUUUACAGAAUUAAGUGUAAUGAAUAAAAUAAGGAAGAAUAAGCUGUCCAAAGCGAUUUACUUGAUGCAGAAAGCUCUUCUGAUAUUUGAGAAAGAUGCAACCUCUACGUCUUCGCAUACAUUUUUGAUGGAAGCAUAUUCUUUAAUUGAGAAGAUCGAAGCAGAACAAAAUGCCCUAUAUUCAUAUCAGAAAUAUGUAGAAAGUUCAAAAAGAAAGAAAAGCAGAAUCCCUCCUCCACCUAUCCUGCUAUCCCGAACUCAUUGUUCUGUGACAUUGAAACCUGCUCCCUUUAUUUCAGAUGUCAAGGUCUCCUGGUACUGCAUUUUGGGUUGCAAAGCAGAAGGGAGCUACAGAAAAGUAAGACUAAACAAUAAUCAUCUCCCAAACUCAGGAGAAGCGAUACCGGCUGAUGGUAAAAGCAUUUUUGAAGUGAAAGGUUUGGAAACCAAUGAAAAAUACGUCUUUGCAAUUGCUGCUUAUUCCUCUAAUGGGAAGCUUGUUGGUGAUGCUGUUGGGGAGACAACUAAACCGAUUCUGGUUUAUCCGCCUCUUUCUGCUGUUACUGCUCGGAUGUUCUUGAUGCAGGUUGCCUAUCAGAUUGGUAACUAUGAGUUGGCUAAGAAAGUUUUCUCACCAGUUUGGGAUUAUUUUGUGGCUCCACCACGUCCUGAUGAACAAUCGGUUAUUUGUUCAAGCAAUAUGAUGACUGUUACACAGAGAAGAUUACAUUCAAAUAUUUUGGCAGAGACUUCUUCAAUCCUCUUAUACCUUUUUCUUAGAAAUAUUUUUGUAACAAGUGACAUUAAAAUUAAAGAAGAAAAUCUUUUCUGUGAUAAUAUUAAAGGCAAUGAGAUUUUCCCCUCCCAGCAAAUUGCUAGACUAAAGGAAUGUGAGAGAGUAUUAGUGGCAUUGGAACUUAGCAACUACCUGAAUGAUUCCAGUUAUGCUCUUCAAGCUGUGACUCAAUGUUAUGGCCUCCUUGCUCCUAUAAUCUAUCACAAUAUUGUUUUGGUACCUGUCGUACAGAUUUUGAUAAAGUGUGUAGUGGUUUUGCAAGGACUACCAAAUAUCAACCAGUCAAAGAAACACAUUGCGGGUUUUGAAAGCGUGCAGCACAUGAUGGCUUGUUGUAUCUUCUACAUAACAAAGAUUCUGCGUUCCUGGAAGGAAUAUGACCUGGCAGUAAUGAUUAUAAAUUAUGGAAAAAAGAUGCUGGACAUCACAUCAAGGUGCACAUCUCUCUUUGGGGUUACUGACCAAGAAGAGGUGCAAGAGGAGGGUUCUUCUAAGAAGUCUUCCAAGACUAAGAAGCCACAGCAGAUAUUAUUACCUGAAAAAAUAAAUGAACAGCUGGUCUUGUUGGAGACACACCUACUCAAACUGACAAAACAAUAUUUUACAGCUGAACUCUCAGGAGCAGAGGACCCUAUAUUUCUUUACCCUAUAGUUUUAAAUUGGUCAGUCAAAGGCGCUGUAAAAGAAGUUAUGAAAUUUAAGCAGAGACCUAGAUUCCUGGAAUUCUUUACACAAGUUAUGCUAAAAUGUAUGAAUGAUGAAAAAUUUCACCUUUUGGUGGAGAUAACACAUUCUGUCUAUGACUUCUUGAAAAGGAGGAAUGAGUCCCUACUUGGAAUAAAAAAAUUGAAAUAUAAGGACAUUGUUUUGUGUAAAAAGGCGACCAAACCUUGGAAGAAAUUCAAAGCUGUAGUAAUGGAGAUUAGAAUAACUGCAGAAAUGAGGAAAAGAAAAAGACGUAAAAGAAAAGAAACUCUAAGAGAAUUUUUUUCCAGAAAUCCGUAUGUUUUUGAAAUGGUGGAACAUGAAAGAAAUAAGAGAGCCGAUGUUAGAAAAAUAGCAUAUCGAGUCCUGGUGGAUAACUUGAAUCCUAUCAUAUUAAAUUACGUUAAGAGGAAGAGGUUCCAUCAGAUAUUUCUUGAGGAGAUGCCCUGGAAAGCUCAGAUGAACCUGUAUCUGGCAAGUGCACACUUCAACCUGCUUUUAGUAAAGCUGGGGGAACGUACGAAGAUGAAAUCUGGCACUUCACAUACAAUGGUCAGUUUCCGAUCAUGUGAUCCUAAUAUGUUCUCACUGUAUAAUUCGGGAACGGUAUUACCAACAGGAAAAUUGACUCUAGAAAACUAUAAAGCAAUACUUGAUUUCCUUCUGACAGCUAAAAAGAGAAAGGUCCAUUUACCAUCAGAUGCUGAAGAAUUUUCGGCAUUUAUUAAUUCCAAAAUGAGUGAUGAAGAUGUUUCCAAGACACAAACGGUUUACAACCCAGACUCUCAAUCAGAUCUUUGUGCUAAAGAAAAGGAUAAAGCAGCAAAUUUGGGUCUAUUGGAUCAUUUUAUGAAAAUCUUUUUAUAUUGCAGGAGAGCAAUGGUUCUUGCUCAUCGUGGCGGCUAUUGGACUCUGCUUCAGAAUUGCUGUCGGGCCUUUUGGAACUUUACUCAGGAGUUGCAAAUACUUCUUAAACAAGCAGUGGAUCUGUAUAAAAUAUUUCCUAUUAACCAGGAUGGUUUCCUCUGUACCUCUGUUUUACCAUUCUAUUUGGGAGCAGAAUUACUUAUCGACAUGUUAAUAGAACUACAAAAUAUCAAUUCUGUUAAGGUUAUUGAGGAAAAAGGAGAGUUCAGUGUUCCAAGCUGCUAUGGAAAUAUUAAAAAUGAUAAUGGUGGUUCUAGCCUUACUUUUGAGCAUCCUUUGGAUGAUGUGAAUGUGGUUGAUUUGAAAUGGAUCCAUGACUUUGUAUUAAAAUCCCUGGAAGUUUUAUAUCAAGUGGAAAAAUGGGAAACAUUGGUAUCACUUGCCAUUCAGUUCAAUACAGUUUCACAUGAGAGAUAUACAGAGCAAGUGACACCACUCCUGGUAUAUGCACAGCGCCAGCUUCUUCUAAGAAUUUCUAAGGUCAAGGGCCCAGAUAUUACCCAACAACCCUGUGUAAGACAUGAGGCUGAAUAUAACGAGAAGAUAACCUGCCGAAAUUACAUUGGGAAGCAGCUCAAAAUUAAUCCUCGAACCGCUACAGUGACAGAUACAGAGGACUGCACAGAUUUCCUAAGAAAACUUAUCUAUUCAGAAUACAGCCACGCCAAAGAGCUUGUCUGUGUGCCCGUGGACGUGACAGACACUUUGAGAUGUUUUAGAGAGACCUUGGAAAAAUCCAAAUAUCAUAACAGAUCAAUCCGUCACAGCAGAAAGUUGCUUUCAUUAUUUCUCGCACAGACACAAGGAGACAAAGAAGGAAUAUGCAAUUCAAGAUUUACUACUGGGAAGGUGGAAUUUUGCCUGGGAACAGAAGAGAUGCAUAUGCCAACACCCCCCGACCUUUCUCAGGAACACUUCAGAGUUUUCAGUUCAGUAGAGAAAAGCAAACUUCCCUAUUCACAGCUGGGACUCGUAAUUUCCUCUUAUUAUGGAACUAUUGAUGUUCUCCAAGCCAGCAAUCAAAGGAGUCUUAAAGUUCAGGCAUUGCAUGAACUUGGAAGUCUUCUCAUCUUUGCAGGAAAAAAAAGGGCUGCGUUUAAAUGUUGGUGUCAAGCUCUUGAUGACAUAUUCAGAAAACAAGAUGUUUUACAUACGUGGAAAGAGUUUGGCUCCUCACUCACCAAGGCCACCCACAGCUAUUCACCUCCGGGUUCCAAAGACUACAGUGAGGAAUUUCUGUCAAAAAUUGGCAUUUGGGGAUGUUUGCAAGGAGCGGUAAUAUCUGCAAAGAUAGCACAAUUUAUCAAGACGUUGGAUGUUGAAAGGAGAACCAACUGUUGCAUUUUGUCUGCAUUACUUUUUCAGGGUUUGCUUAGAACCACACUUCCACACCCCAAAGCUGAACGUUGCUAUGCUCAGUAUGAAAUCACUCAGCUUCUACCUGGCAUCGAGCUCUUCUCGGAUAGAUACAGGGCUGACAUUUGCUCUGUGGUUGCAAGUCUGUAUUACAUUAUACGUGAACUGCACUUUGCUAAGCAAAAUCUAAUAAUUCUGCCUCUCCUUGCAUUGUACCAAUAUUUUGUUUCUGGAAUUUGCCAAGACCUAAUCAGAAAUCUAGAAGCAAGAAUCCUCAAGAUAGAAGUCCUCAUAGAUUUAGGAUUCUUUUCUGAAGCCUUUCAUGAGAUAUCUCAGAUUUUUAAUGGAAAAAACAUGUCUUCCUCAAUUCCCACUGGCAGUAAAGCUACUGGAAAAAUGAAGAUGUUUCAAUCAUUUGACUCAGGAAAACCUCUUACUAGUAAAGAAAAUAUACAGGCACUCGAUGAAUUAAUAAGUAAAGACUUGCCUCUAAUUCUGGUUGCAAUUGGCCGACAACAUCUCUUAAAUAAGUUUUCUUUUGUUAAAGCAUACUUUUUCAUAAAUGUGGCUGCAACAAUAAAUCGUGUCCCAGAAAAUACAAUGAAAACAGUCUACCAAGGACUUGUUUCUGAGAGGAGCAGAGCAAACCCCCCGAACUUGAAAGAGCUAUGUUUAAAGGAGGAUAGAAACUCAAUUUAUCAGCUUCCAAAAAUGAAAGAUGAAUUAACUCUUAGCACAGUAAAGUCAAUUCUGCUGAUGGAAGCUGAAGACAAGCUAAACCUCCUCGUGUCAGAGAUGGAGAAUCUAGGCCACAAGAGCCUCUCUCUGUGUUCUGCUGCCGAGUUAGAGAUCGUGGUGGAGGCCAGGCUUCAGCUGGCAGCAGUUGCCCUGCAGAGACACCAGGCGGCAUACAGUGCUGCAAUAGUAUUUUCCACGCUUAGACUUCUCCAGGAUUCAAAACUUUUUAAAAAGAAGGGAGUCCAAGAUGAUACAGAGAAUUCCUCCUCUACAGGAGCUUCUGCCACUGAAAAUAAAGACGAUAAUGAGUUUUUAGAUCCUAUUUCCCUAAAUUCUCGAGAAUAUUUCAACAUUCAUCUGUGGUUGAGGUGCCGCUUAGCAUUGGUGUCUGCGUUUGUUGCACAGAUUCGUGGCAUUGGAAUCGUAAAAGAAAAUGAUAUGACAGAUUAUGGGAGCCUCAUCAAUGAAGUGUGUGUGGAGGCACAAAGUGCAGGCGACAGGGAGCUACAGGCUGAAUUCUUGAUGCAAGCUGUAAUCAUUGGCCUGCAAGAAAAGCAUUUAAAGGCAGACAUCAUAACAAACCUUCAGGAAAUAAUACAUCUGCUUGAAGGAAGUGAGUUUAUUUCUCCUCGAUCUUGUUUAACCUUGGUGAGAAGUAUGCUUUUGCUGGAUGAUUUAACAAAAGCUGAGAAAUUCAAGGAAACUCCCUCUUCAAAAACAGACAAAUUAAAUUUGUUGACUCGGUCUCACAACACUCUUAUCGAACAGAUGCUAACUUUUGGAGAAAAAAUUGAAUGCCCUUUAUCAAACACUGACUAUGCAAGUCCAUUACAGCCUUUGAAAAAUAUCUAUCUUCCUCAUGUCAUGUUAUUGGCCAAAACAAAGAUGAGAAUUGGACAUACAGUGGCCAAGCAAGUAUAUUAUACCAGUAAAAGGAAGGAUUCUUCAAAGUGGUUACCUGCUCUUCAUCUUUUUGAAAUAGCAUUGAAGCUCUGUAAGAUGUCAGCAACAGAAGAGCCUGAGGUGGAAGCUGAAAUACUUUUUCAGAAAGGCAAAAUAGAACGUCAAAUAUUGAUGGAAGAGAAAUCUCCAAGUUCACAACUUGAGAGUUUAUUUGAAGCUAUACAGCUAAGCUUGAGACACGAUCAAAAUGCACGGUUGAUAAGAGACUCCUACCUUGAAAUGGCUCUAUUAUUUUUACGUAUAAGGAAGCUAAAGAGCAAACUUUCAGCACCACCAUUAACACGUAAGGCUUCUCCCAGAAGGCAUAGUUCUGUUCAAGAACCAGUAGUAAAUAUAUUUGAAAUGUAUAGUUCAUUGGCCUGGACUGUGCUAAGAGCUGCUGCACAGGUCAGUGAAGCUGUGCUGGCAAUUAACCUACUUAUCGGAAAGAGGAAUGCUCGAACUGAAAAAGUUAGCCAAGGGGCGUUAUCAAAUAUCCCCGAAUUUGCCAUUGUGGAUCUUUUGUCUUCAUACACAGAUUAUUUACUUGAUAACUACCAAGUUGUCUUCCAGACUGGCUGUAGAUUUUCUUGCCAAAGUGAUGAUGUGGAUGACGACACAGAUUCCACAAAAAGCACUCAGACUAAAGUGGAUAUUACAUGGAUUCUUCUACUGCGCUACUAUAUUCACCUGCAAAGAAUUAAUAACAUGAGCAAACUGCUAGCAUCUCCAAAGCCAGGAUCUGGAAUUUCUUUGCCAGAUGAUACACUUCUCACAUCUCUUUUCAACUCUGGGUUGAUUUUGCGCCAAAAAGAAAUGCAUUUUUUCCUUAAAAGAUUCUUACAUCUAUAUUCUUCCUCUUGUAUUGAUGAAUUUCCGAAAGAACUAUUCCAAGGAUCGGAAAAUCUAGCUUUUUCAGAAAAAGUCUUAUGUGACUCAUCAGCCAAGCUAUGUCGUGACAGUUCUGUACACUCCAGUUUAUCAAUAAAGCUCCUUGCCAGCCCAUCCUGUGGAGACGUGAUGUCUUCAGAUAUGGCAAUACAAACUUUAAACAAAGAACUUUGCUUUCAGUGGUACAUUCCUCCCCUGGAAAGACCUCCAAAGGAAACAGAACCUAUGGUUUUGUUGUUGUAUGCAUAUAAUACGAAGCCCCUGCAGAUUUCAGAUACUAAAUAUACCACUCAUAGCAAUGUAUGUGUUGGCUCUUUCUGGGUUCCUCUGAACAGAGUUAUUUCAAUUCAUGAGAAACUGUCUAAUCUUACGCAAAUAGCUGAAAUAUCAUUGCCAGCAACUCCUGAAGUUACUUCAGAUGAAACUGUAUCUGAAAUAGAAGAAAUGGAAGAGAAAUCAAUUGAUAAAGAAAUGGAAAACAUGAUUAUUGAAUGUUGCUCUGAAAUAAUGACUCUGUUUCUGACUGAUAAAGAGAUAACACCACUAUCUGAGGUCCCAUUUGAUGUCUUGCUGCCGUCUAUAUUCAAUCUUGAGAGACUUUUUGAUCUUGCUAAUGGUUGUAUCGUAUCAGGAGGAAGCCUUUUCAACUGGAUGGUGUCGAUUAUUCCCUGAACAUCGUUUACAUGUUAACCUUAAAAAAGAUUUAAUUGUUAUUGCUUUUCUUGGUUUGAAAUCAGUUUUUGGAACUGUCCUCUUAUGACAAACAAAAUAAAAUUGUUUUCUUACACAA